AUGUUGAAGGAAGUGAUAUCUGCGUCUCUGGGACUAUCUACUGACCAAUAUGGCUACUGGGACGGUUUGAAUAUUCUUGAUCCGUUCGAGACACCUGAAGCAGCGGCACUAGUCUAUGUCGACGGUAUACCUAAUCUUAGUGAUUUUUUCCAAGCCGAAAACGUUCAAAAAUAUUCUUUGAUAUUAGAUGAAGAAGACUUCCAGGUAUUUAGCUUCGUGAAGGACAGGAUACGCAAACACAGCUCGGGAGGCAGCGUACUAAACGUGGCUCUAAUAUCACUCACUUACGAUGUAAGCAAGCACCAUUACAACCAAUUAACACUGGUCAAAAAUGUUCUCGAUGUUUUUGGGGAGAUCCAAGUACCCAAAGUGCCUAAGCUAUCGCUAAACAGCUUAAAGUACUCGAUCGAAGAAGAUUAUCAGUUUCUCAGUGAACUAGAAGCUUUAAAAGCUGUUACUUCAGCGGUUGAGAAUACGAAACCAGACAACAAAAUCGAUUUCUAUGAUUUCUGGUUCAGCUCACUCCAUUCUCUUGCUGACUACCAUGGACCGGCUUCACAGCAGGUGAAGGAGGCAAUAAAACUAUUGAGUACGUGA